AUGAAAUUCCUCGUAGUACUCGCAAUUUUGGCAGCCGUAGCCACAGCUCAACCCAAACAUCAUGCUGAUGACCGCAUUUUGAAUAUUAUUGGAGGAAUUCUGGACCUCUUCAAACCAAAAGAACCGAUAAGCACAGACCCUGCCAUUUUGCCGCCUUAUGAUUACCCCGAACACCCUAUUGUCAUCGAAGACCUCGAGAUACCCGGACCGGCGCUUCCUCCUGUUCUUCCCGGACCCAUACUACCUGGACCCGCGCUUCCUCCUGUUCUUCCUGGACCCGUACUACCCGGUCCCGGCAUUCCCGAACCCAACCCCGCUCCCGUUGUCUCACCAAAUCCCUUAGCUAAUUACUCGCCCCUCGUUAAUGUCAUUAUGAAUAUUAACUAA